UAUCACCCUGACACGCUACGUUUACUCUCUCUCUCUCUCUCUCUCUCUCUCUCUCUCUCACCCUGUUUCGCUUCGGGAUAAUGAGUUAAACGGAACCACCGAGCUCAACAAUUUUGCCUACAUUGAAGAACGGUUCUUUCUGGCGUUUUGAGGAGUCCCAGUUAGCGACGUAGUUGUUUGGGACCACAAUCCAUGGGGAGCUCCGGCGAAACCUGAACGUGUGCGGUGGAGUGAGUGAAGAUGUUUCGUUCUGCAAGAUGGAGAACAGAGAAGAACAGGGUCAAAGCUGUUUUCAAGCUUCACUUCCAUGUCACCCAGGUGUUUCAAUCUGGGCUAGAUGCAUUGAUGUUGUCUAUAGUUCCAGGGGACAUUGGAAAGCCAACUAUGAGAUUAGAGAAAGCUGCAGUUCGUGAUGGAAUCUGUAGAUGGGAUAAUGCCGUAUAUGAAACAGUCAAAUUUAUUCAUGAGUCUAAGACUGGGAAAUUCAGCGAUAAAAUUUAUCAUUUUUUGGUUUCAACGGGGCUAUCUAAAGCUAGCUCCAUUGGGGAGGUUUCUAUAAACUUCGCUGAUUAUGUCGAGGCCACAAAGCCCUCCGCUGUUUCUCUUCCCUUCAAGAAUUCUCAUUGUGAUGCUGUUUUGCAUAUAUCAAUUCAGAGGCUGCAACAAAACAGUGAUCAAAGAGAGGAAGAUGAAUGUGAAGAUGCCAAACUAAAAUCCGAUGAUAGGAGCUUAAGGAACAAAUUAAGCAAUGGCGAUACAGAUGAAAGCACUCAAAGUUAUUCAUCUGAAGAUGUCUCUGCCAAAGCAAUCAUCAAUAGAGCUGAAUUGAGUGCUGAUUGUAGGACAUCUAGUGGAUCUGACAUUACAUUGUCAAGUUCUGAUGAGAGCUCUGGACUUGAUACUCCCCGCGAAAUUGGACUAAGAAAAACGAACAUCCAUCCCAACACAAAUCAGUUUCUUACAGAUAUAAGCCAUGCUUCAGAACCUCAAAACCCUGCUGCCAAUGCCUCAACAUCAAUGCAUGAUGUACAUCAGAGUUCACAUUGGGACUGGUCAGCUGGUUCGGAGCAAGGGUUACGUAUAGACGAUUCAACUAAUGGUUCUCAUAAUGCCCUUCCAAAAGAAAGAUCACAAGAGGCAUCCUCUUCGGAGAUUGAAAGACUCAAGGCUGAACUUGCUGCUUUGGCCAGGCAGGUUGAUGUGUCAGACAUGGAACUACAGACACUUAGGAAGCGAAUUGUAAAGGAAAGCAAAAGAGGGAAGGAUCUCACAAAAGAAAUCAUUAUCUUGAAAGAGGAAAGGGAUUCACUCAAGACAGAAUGUGACAAUCUCAGGUCUUUUCACAAACGCAUGGCUGAGGCCAAAAUGAGAAACAGGUCACAAUUGGAAAGUGGAGAUCUUGUUGCUUUUGUUGAAGAAAUUAGAGAAGAAUUGAAUUAUGAGAAGGACCUGAAUGCAAAUCUCCGAUUACAGUUAAAGAAGAUGCAAGAAUCAAAUGCUGAACUGGUUCUUGCUGUGCAGGACGUGGAAGAAAUGUUGGAGCAGAAAAAUAGGGAUAUAUGUAAUCAUUCCAAUAAAUGCGAACAGGGUAAAAAUUCCCAAGAGUUAGGGGUAAACCUCUCUAAAUGUGAAACAGAUGAUGAUGGAGAACAGAAAGCAUUGGAGGAGCUUGUUAAGGUGCACAGCAAUGCCAAGGAGACACACUUACUUGAGAAAAAAAUAAUAGACCUCUAUGGUGAAAUAGAGAUGUAUAGGAGAGACAAAGAUGAGUUAGAGAUGCAGAUGGAGCAGCUUGCACUAGACUAUGAGAUAUUGAAACAAGAAAACCAUGGCAUUGCAUAUAAGCUGGAGCAAAGCCAACUGCAAGAACAGUUAAAAAUGCAGUAUGAAUGUUCAUCUCCUCCUGCUGCUAUGAAUGACAUUGAUACCCACAUCCAGAAUCUGGAAAAUCAACUCAAUGAACAGUCAGAAGAGUUCUCAAAUUCUCUGGCUACCAUUAAGGUACUUGAAACCCAUAUCAAAAGAUUAGAGGAGGAACUGGAGAAACAAGCACACGGAUUUGAAGCUGAUCUAGAAGCAGUGACACGCGACAAAGUUGAGCAAGAGCAAAGAGCCAUCCAAGCAGAGGAAGCUUUGCGAAAGACGAGACUAAAAAAUGCUAAUACUGCUGAGAGGCUUCAAGAGGAAUUUAGAAGGCUCUCAAUCCAAAUGACCUCUACAUUUGAUGCAAAUGAGAAGGCUGCCAUGAGAGCGUUGACAGAAGCAAGUGAACUGCGUGCACAGAAAAGUUUAGUGGAAGAAAUGCUGCAUAAAGUCAAAGAAGAGCUUCAGUCUGUUAAAGCUGAUUAUGAGGUCAAACUGAACGAACUUUCAAACCAAAUAGAUACGAUGACAGUUCAGAUGCAACAGAUGUUGUUGGAAAUUGAGGACAAGUCCAAGCAGCUUGAAAAUCAGCAGCAGCAUGGGGAACAAGUUAGUAGGGAUUUCUCUGAGGAGAUUGAGAUGCUAAAAGCUGAGAAUGAAAAUCUUAAAGUGGAGAUUUCACGCUUAUACGAGCAAGUAGAACAAAAAGAAAUUUUGAGAACCGAGUUGGAAGUUAUGAAGAAAUCGGUUGAGGAAUCUGAGACACUGUUACGAAAAAGAACUAAGGAAAGAAAUGAACUCUUGAGUACAAUUGCAUUAUUGAAGAAGGAAGCAGAGCAAUCACUCAAUGAGCUAAAUAGGAUGAGACAUCUUAAGGAUGAAAAAGAAACUGAGGAUGGACACUUACAUUCGGAGUUGGAAGCCGUUAGAGCUCAAUGCAGUGACUUGAAACGUUCUCUUUUUGACGAUGAGGCUGAGAAAGAAAAACUAAGAAAGCUAGUUUUCCAGCUAAAGGGUGAACUAAAGAAGAAGGACGAUGCAUUAACCAGCAUGGAGAAGAGGUUCAGGGAUAGUAAUGGACGCACACAAAUCAUUCCAAAGAACCAAAAAACUGCUUUAACUCCUCAGAAUUUAAAAGAAUUGGCAAAUCUGAGGGAGAAAAUAAAAACGCUUGAGGGCCUGGUACAGUCAAAGGAAACUGCCUUGGAUACAUCAACAACUUCAUUUUUGGAGAAGGAAAAGGAACUCCAGACCAAAAUUGAGGAGUUGGAGAACAAGUUGGAGGAAUUCAAUCGUAGUAUUGCUUUGCAGAAGGUUGUUCAGGAUAGCACUACUAUUUCAAGUGAGAUCUCUGGAGAAGUAAGUAGUACAGUUGAGCAUCUCAACAAUUCUGCACGUGGAUCUGAAGAAACCGGGGCUGCAUUGUUAUUCAAGAGUAAUAUAAACUUGCCAGAGAAAGAAGCAGGAACCUCCAUAGUUGAUACUGCUGACAGCAACAAUCUUAGUGGCAUAUUAAAUGAGUUAUCUUCAUUGAAGGAAAGAAACAAAUCAAUGGAAACCGAACUUAAAGAGAUGCAAGAGAGAUACUCAGAAAUGAGCCUCAAAUUUGCAGAGGUAGAAGGUGAAAGACAAAAGCUUGUUAUGACUGUACGGAACCUCAAGAGUAUCCAGAAGGGUUAAUAAGUUCCUCUUGAUGACUUGGAGCCUGCAGUGUAUAGUUGUAGCAGGUGUCCUUU